AUGAAGACCCAGCGCGUACACCGACGCAAACUGCGCUUUACCUCCACAAAAGAUGCCAACCCCGUGGUGAGCGUCACGGUGGAGCGCGCCACGAAGCGCCCAAUCAAGCGGCGGAAACGCCGGCAGCGCUCGCGUCGCAUUAGUCCAGCACCUGCCUUUGAAAGCACCAAUCGGUCUACAAACGGUCUUGCAGAAGCGACAUGGAGCGACAUCCAAGAACGAUUUGCUGCAGCUAAGAGUCUUGGGGAAAUAACGCGCAUCAUGUUGCAGUUUUUUAAAGAGUACGAGGAUCUGCAGAGCUCUGCGUCGGGCCCUGUAUUUCCGAUUCUUAUUCCAUCCAGUGAGAUCUACAAGAUGAAGGUGCCGAGGAAGAGACGGAUCUAUGACGUGUUGCAUGUGCUGGAAGGCAUUGGAGUGAUCAAGCGCGUUCGCGGUGACGAGACGCGAAGGACCAAGAGUGGAUACUUUCUAUACUACGGGAAGGCUGCGGUAGUGCAACGUUUGGCAGAGAUGAAGAACAUUUCAGCUCAAGCCAGGGUAGAAUUUCGGCAGUCGCACCGUCAAAAAAUGACCAGCACGGUGGAAGAAGACAGCGCUAUUGUGACAGUUUUUGAGAAGCAGGCGGCAGUUGAGAAAUGGCCUUGCCUGGUAACUACUACGGUCUGCUUCCUGGGCUUGCUGUUCCAACAAGAUUAUCUGGUUGGAGUGACGUUGCCUGCUGUUAGUAGCCGUCUCAUUGAAGCUAAGAAGUUUAUUGGUGCGUUGGAAUCAUCGCCGUGGAUGGAGACUCCAUAUAGUGACGUACACCGCCGUGUGUACGACGUCAUGUCCGUUUUGGUGAGCUGUAACAUGAUAGGUACGGCACUCGGGUCAGCUUGCGAUCCAAGCGAUAAAUGCUUUUCAAAAAAGUAUGCCCGAUUCAAUUACAACAUCUUUACCGAUCCAAGGGUAUUGUUUGCCGCCCGAGACUCUGGGUCACAGUAUAAGGAUGAGCCGGUGGUAGACGCAAUGGAGACUAACUUGCAUGAUGUAAGAAGUCCAAUGCCUAGAACUCUGGAAGACCGUUUGAUUUCUCCACCAUUGGGAUACUGGCAAAGGGUGCAUGCUGAUACGGCGCUGAUUCUCUCACCCAUCUUUUCAUCGGCAGCUGUUCAGGUAUCUGAUGCAAGCAACAGUGAGAUGGCAAACUGGGAACCAUUUGGCUAUGAUGAAAACAUGGGAAUAGCUGUACAACGAAGUACAAGCUCGUACAUCCAAUCGGAAACUAAUAUGAAGUGUCGGUCGGAAGGACAAUCAGCACCUCGCACCCAAGAUUUGUUCUCCCCUCUCGGUAAGGAGUCGAUCGAGAGGAACGAGUGGUAUGAUGAAUCACUAAAGCAGAUUGGACUUCACGAUGCUUACCAAAUCGACUGGGACGUGAAUAUAAAGUCCGAAGAUUUCUCUCGCGAAAGUUGGGGAUCGCAUCAGCCAGCGCCUUAUGCACCCGUCGAGACACAGCGAUUACAGGUUGACAGAGUAGAUGUGAGGUUGGCGAACCUUGAUUGCAAUGAAAUGUUGACCGAGGACGUAUCUACAAAUUUCUUUUGCUGA